GCUGGCAGCUUCCCUCUGUGGAAACGGAGCCUCUAAUUGUCUAGCGACGAUGCCGACGAGGACAAGUCUGCGCAUGCUCAGGGCCAGCGCCUGGCCUCUUCUGUCCCUUCCUGUAAAGACGCUCUGCGCAUCCUCAGAGCGUCUUGGGUCGCCUAGAUUCUAGUCUUAACUGAUAGAUCAAGAUGGGUAGCUGUCUUUGUCUGUAGCAGUAGAAAAGAGCAAGAGUCCAGUAGUGCCUAUGAGACUAAAAGAAAUUUGUGGUAGGGGGUGAGCUUUCGUGAGCCACAGCUUCGUAUCUGAAGAAGUGAGCUGUGGUUCACGAAAGCUCCUACCACAAAUUUUGUUAGUCUUAUAGGUGCUGCUGGACGUUUGCUCUUUUCUAGUCUUAACUGCUGUGCCGGGCUGGUGUUAUGCAGCGCAGCAGGUUCUCUUAACUUCAAGAUUCAGUCGACCAUUUUUAUAUUAGCUUUAUUCUACUGUAUUUGGAUGGUGUGUGUGUGUGUGUAGUGAACCACUUGAAAGUAUUAGCCAGAGACUCGUUUAUUACAUGGCGUAAGAGCGUUAUGAAAAGUUGGGUACUCUGGCAGAAUGGCAAAGGGUGAAGUCAUCAGCUGGGAAAUUUCCAUCUGUAGUGUCUGUGAGACUGCUGAGCUUUGGGGCAGGACAGGCAGCUGCUGAGAACGGCCGUUGGUCAGGAACCCACUGGCCCUCCCUUGCCCUAGAAGCUCCUCCUCUAACCACCCAAGAAACCUGGUGUCUUUUCCCUUCUUGGGAAAAAGUGUUUUAUGGGAAAGUUUAGAGCUCAGGCAGUUGGGGCUGGACAUCAUUAGCACAACCCCUUCCAGGAUAUAAUUUUGUAGUUUAAAGACUCCAGAGAGGAGGGGAAGGCAAUUAAUUGAAGUGACUACCCUUAGUUUGGGGGGCAGGUGAAAUUAAAGUGGGAGUAGUAUACUACAGCCUGCAAUUCCCAUCCCUAAUUCCUCUCCCCCCAUGUUUGCGUAAAGGAUUGGCUCAAUUUAAUUUCUACCUUUUUCACACACCAUGAUUAAUUUCUUGCGCCAUUGCGCCAGCUCUUAUAAUUCUAGAUUUUGGGGGAUGGGGAGCAAACCCUGAAAUGUUUCUGAUAGAUGGAGAGUUCUCGAAAGUACAGAGAAACCCAUUCUUUGUCCAUGGGUCAUCCUUUUCCACUAAUGUACAUUAAAGAACAUAUGCUAAUUUUUAACAGGAGCAAUUUACUCAUUCCCCUUCAUGAAGGCAAAAGUGUCUGUAUUGGAAAGGGUUUCUGCACCUGUUCAGGGAGUCCAAAGUGCCAGUGUUUUAAAUAAAAUGCUGUUUAUAUGAAAUCUGCUGUUUAUAUGAAAUCUUCAUGUAGAACUUUUGAAGCAAAACUUGCAAGCGAUUUGAAAAACAAAUUUUGAGAAGUUGAGUGUAAAUCUACAAGUAUAUCGGGCAGUUUUAAACACCAAGAAAUGAAGGUACCAGGAGGGGCUUGGAAAGAGAAGAGAGAGAGAAGCACACACUCUUGAUUGAUGGAUCCUGGCUACAUAUAAAGGAAAUGUUUCAAGGAGGUGAUGAUUUCUCUCAAAAUGUGGCGGCUCACAUUGAAGAAAUGGAUACAUCUGACACCCAGUGGGGAUGGUUUUACUUGGCUGAAUGUGGCAAAUGGCAUAUGUUUGAGACUGAUUCCAGUACUCAGUGUUCAGUUAGCACAGAAGACAUUGAAAGGAGCUUCAAAAUGAAUCCACAGGACUCCAUUUGCUUCACAACUGCAAAAUUUAACUACAAAUUAGACUUUUCAGAGAUGAAACAAACUAAUCUGACAACUGGAAAACAACGUCCCAUAAAACGAGCUCCAUUUUCUAUCACUGCUUUCAGUUGUAUCUGUGAAAACCAGUCUAUUCCCAUACCUUCUCACUGGGAGAAUGUAAAUUCUGAAGAACCAUACCAGCUUAUUCCUUUGCAAAAGCAGACAAACGAGUAUAAUUACGUUGCUAGUCGCUUUGGGGAAACAAUGGAAAGCAAUCGAAUUAAAAGAAUACAGAGGAUUCAGAAUCUAGACUUGUGGGAAUUUUUUUGCAGGAAAAAGAAUCAAUUAAAAAAGAAAAGAGGCGUUCCUUUCAUUAAUGAACAUAUGUUGUUUCAUGGCACUAGUGGAGAAUUUGUAGAAGCCAUCUGCAUUCAUAACUUUGACUGGAGAAUUAAUGGCAUGCAUGCUGCUGUCCAUGGAAAAGGUAAAGGGUUGAGGACGUAUUUUGCUAGGGACGCAUCAUAUUCCAGCCGUUUCUGCAGAGAUGACAUGAAGCACAGCAAUACGUUUCAGAUUCAUGGCGUUGAUCUGCAACUUCACAUGUUCAGGAAGCAUAAAGUGAUGUUUCUUGCUCGUGUAUUGACUGGAGACUUUAUUACUGGGGACUCCAAAUACGUGAGGCCACCUUCAAAGGAUGGGAGCUUUGUAAAUCUCUAUGACAGUUGCGUGGACAACACUUGGAACCCAAAGAUUUUUGUUAUCUUUGAUGCCAAUCAGAUCUAUCCAGAAUAUUUAAUAGAGUUCAGCUGAGACUUUGGAGAUGGGGGUCUGCUGGAUUUUCUCCCCUAUUUUUACUGGUGGCCCAUUAUUACUUGCAAAGAAAAUAAAAGUUAUUUAGCAGGAAAAUGUGUAGCAGCAAGUUAAAACAGAUGUGGUUGGCUCCACCCUUCACAUUUUUUAAAUUUCCAAAUACCAGAACGAGUCUAAACAUCACUAAUAGUUUACUGCAUAACAUUCUGCUGGUGAUCUUGGGAAUGAUUCUGCAAAAUAAUUCCAGACAACUGGUCAUUGUUAAUUUAUUCUACUAUCUACCAUCUAUCAAAAAAUCAACAAUAGCAUUAAAUUGACAUUCCUAUCAGAGAAAGGAAAGAUAGCAAUAUAAUUGUAACCUUUAGGCCUAAUUUAUCAUUUCUUUGUAAUAAAUUCCAGAAUAGUAAACAUGUUGUUCUGUUGGAACAAAACCAAAACGGAGUGUUGUGGCACCUUAAAAGCCAGCCAGUGUACUGUAGCAUCAAAUGUCAUGGACUAUGGCCUACUUUAUCAGGGGCAUGAAAUGUGUCCUCAGGUGGCAGAUGCAUAUCGAUUGAAUAGAGGGCAGCUGUCAAUAAUGGGGUCAACAGGCAAUGAAAUGCAUGAAGUAUUGUCUAGAUACAUACCAAUGAUAAUACUAUCCCAUGGUGUGACAUGUCUGGCCAAGUGAGGCCAGAGUAGUAGCAGAAGCCCUUCCCAAGGGAAAAGCUGCCCGAGACCAAGGGAUUCCACACAGGAGCUGCCCCAGAGGCCUACAGUCGAGGAGUGGCGAGGCUCCAGUCAGCUGGGCAUCAAGGGGAGAGCAUUUAUAGUUGCA